AUGGAGACCCGUGAGUAUAUCGACAUACGUUAUAACUUUUGUAUCGGUGGAGAUGGCAAUGUUUACGAAGCACGUGGAUGGGACGCCGCUGGAGCUCAUACGGAAGGUUGGAACCAUAAAAGUAUCGGAAUCUGCAUAAUAGGGAAAUUCAAAAGUCAUCCGCCACGACAAACAGCUAUCAACGCCCUCAAGAACCUCAUAGCUCAGGGUAUUUCUUUGAAAAAAAUAAGUCCGUCGUACGAGAUGUACACAUACAAUCAAAUCAUCCGUAAUUCUACUUCGAAUCGUGAUCAAUUAUCCGAUGUGACAAAAGCCUUUAAUUCGAGAGCAUAA